AUGUCUACCAAGUAUCUUGUCCAGCCGUUUUCUGGCAAGGAUGGUGAAGACCUAGAGGAAUUCUGGGCAAAUUUUUUAGUUUUGGCCACUGCCAAGGAAUGGUCCGACGAAGAUGCACGCAUGCAACAUCUACCUUUAUAUUUGCAGGGCGAUGCAUUUCGAGUGUUUGCUCGUAUGGCAGAGAGUGACAAAAGCAAACAAGCAGAGGUCAAGAAAGUUUUAGUGAGUGCGUUCAGUGUGACGCCGUCCAGAGCGUAUGAUUUGUUCAAGCGCCGUUGUUUGCGUGUGGAUGAAAGUGUCGACGCGUAUGUGGCCGAUUUGCAGCGUUAUUCAGCGCUGUCGGGGCACAAACCGGGUGGUGCCGCCAGCAAGGAUCCGAUCGUGAUCGAGCAACUGAUCGCUGGCCUACAGCCCGAAUUUGGCCGCCAGCUGAGAAUGUCGCUGGCUGGCCAAGAGCUGACGAUACCUGCGUGUCUAGAGCGUGUGCGUGCGCUCAGAGCCAGUGUCACCGAUGCUUGGUACACAAGCAGGUUCAGCCAGAGCGUUUCUGCUAGUGCCAGUACCAGUAGUUACAGUGGAGGUGUACACCGACCUCGCAGUACUGUUGUCUGCUAUAACUGUAAUCAGCCUGGGCAUGUCCAGCGUAACUGCCCAGAGUUCAAGAAGAAGCAGAAGCCCCGUUUCAGUGGACCACUAGUGUGCCACUUUUGUGAUCAGCCUGGUCAUGCAAAGCCAGCGUGCCCUGAGAGAAGGAAGUGGCGAGAAGCCAAGGCAGCAGAACGUGUGGCAGCUGCUGGUACGUCGCAUAGUAGCAGUGACAAGUGCCUGUGUGCGGUGUCCACUGAAGCUGCCCCCUUGCCGAGGAUCUAUGUGGACGUGGAGUCGGCCAAGCCGGAUGACUGGUGGCGUGGAGAGGCCAUGCUGGACACCGGGUCGGCUCGCACGCUAGUGUCGUCUGGCUUUAUACGUGCGGCUAAGAUGCGCAGCCAAGUGUCGGCGGUAAAGCAGGAGAAGCUCCUCGCCCUGGAUGGCGAAGCCCUGCCGAUUUCGGGGUCAAUUUCACUAACGAUUCGUCGCCUGGAUGGACCCGUAAAUUUGCCACCUACCCGUGUUGUUGCGUUUGUAGUUCCUGAGCUGUCGGUUAUUAAUGCUGACCUGUUGCUGGGAUCUGACCUUGUCCGUGCCAUCGGUGGCGUCAGGUUGCAGUACUCUGAGUCAGGUGAUCUGCGGUCCGUGUUGUUUGGUUCGUCAACCGCCAGUAACCCUGAGCCUGUGUCGUCUGUCGUUAGUGAUGCUCUGCAGUCGCCGGAUCAGCACCCGUCUCGGCAUGUUAGCGUGGUGCAAGACGGUGAGGACGUGACGCUAUCUGUUGAGGAUGGUCAGAUAAAGUGGCUAGCAGCUGAGCAGUGUUGGCAGGCAGCAUGGAGGUGGAAGGACGACAAGCCACCUACCGGACGCAUCGGCAGCGGCAUUGGGGAGUACCCCCGGAAACUUAGUGAUGAUCAAGAGAAGCUGUUCCAGCAAGAAGUGGACUCCUGGAUCAGCAACGAAUGGCUCGUCGAGCAUGACGAAGAGGUACACGGAGCUCCUGCUGCAAUUCUACCAUGGCUUGCGGUCAGCCAGGAGCACAAGCCUACUACACCUGUUAGGUCUUGCCUCGAUUACCGUGCGCUGAACCGUGCCCUCGUGUCUCAGCCCGGUAUGGAUGCCUCCGUGUCUGGCGAGAAGUUGCGUGAGUGGCGUACGCACGAUGCCAACGAGUAUGAGAUGUUGGAUAUUCGAAAGGCCUAUCUGCAAGUCCGUAUGUCACCUGAGUUGCUACGGUAUCAGUGCGUGAAAUGGAGGGGAAAGCUGUACGUGAUGACCCGCAUGGCUUUCGGGUUAAGCGUUGCACCGAAGUUCAUGGACGUGAUAGUCAAGUGGUGCACGCGCGAUCACGAUGGUGUUGACAAUUACGUUGACGAUCUGUACGUCCUGAAACCGCAGACAAAGGCUGUUGCGGAUACCCUCGAGCGCUAUGGCCUGCGCACGAAGCCAGCUGAGCCCGCCAGUUCCGCACGAGUACUCGGACUUCAGCUGUUUACGGGCCAAUAUGGUCAAACCCGUUGGAAGCGUCGAGACGGAGUGAGUCUCGAGUGUGGCAAGCUGACCAAGCGUGGUGUAUUCUCGUGGUGCGGCCGACUGGUGUCGCACUAUCCCGUGUGCUCGUGGCUACGACCUGCCUGCAGCUUUCUGAAGUGCCUAGCAUGUCGUGAUGGUGGUGGUUGGGAUGAUGACGUCCCCAAUGAUGUGGUAACCUGUUGUGCCGAACUAGCAAGUCGCGUCCAAGAUGAGGAUCCGGCCACAGGCGUGUGA